CCAACAACAAGAUCGUCGGAGAAGAUACCCCGUUUUGAUCGGUGUGGACAUUGGAGUCGAAGUUGCGCACCCGUCCAUCAGUAAACCCGUUGGCGUCUUCCUCACAAUCUCUUGCGGCCUUACACGAACGAAUACACAACUUGUUAAAAAAAAGACAUUAUCGGUAUCGCUAUCUCAACCCGUGGUCUUCCACAGUCAGUUCGAGGUAAUGGAUAGUCGACGCUGCGCCCGGCUCAUGUGGGUUCCGUCUGCGGUUGCAGCAAGCCCUUCCGUUCGUCUAUGAGAACGACGAUUAUAGCGUCUUCGGUGUAUUCUCUCGCUUCAUUCUCAGCCUUGGGAGUGCUGUUGGUGGUACACUGUCGUCGGAUGGGCCAAAGUAUGCCAGACUGGGUUCGCUCCCAUAGUCCCACUCAUCGGGACUCUUGUCUUCUUCCAAACCCCACUUCGAAGUCUAGACGUUGACGGCAGGCCGGAUGGUUAAGUUCGGAUCCCAUUCCCAAACACAUUUGUCUCGAUCCCGGCGCAUAAUCCUCUUCAAGACUGAGACUCUCACUGCGGCUCUUUCUUCCCUCCAGUCAUUUGGCCAUUUCCCCUUUCUCUUCCUGGCUCGAUUUCGGUCCGUUUCGGAGAAUCGAUGUUGUCGUUUUCGGUAUAGACACCAUGUCGACGUUCUUCAUCCUUCGUUCGAGAAUCGCCGGUCGGGUAACAUCAAGACAGACUCUCUGGCGUCUUCGUCUGCUACGACCCCAGCCUUCCGUCCAACACGUGUGGUUGAUAUCUCCGCUCUUUCCAUUCUCCCAAAGCCUCUCUCUUGUUACAAUUAUUUUCCUCAAGCGUUGUUGCGGCGGAUGCUUUCUUCAUAUCAGUCCGAAUGUCCAUGGCUGCGUCUUCCCUCACCAAGAUGGUGCCCUGACCGUCGUUGUGGAAUUGUCGUUUGCGGGUAGAGUUGUCGUCGCGUCGACCUUCACAGGCGUUCUUCAGCGGAGUGUAAGGUUGCUUCGAAGCCCGUCCCGCCUAAACAUUUCCCAUCUGUCGAAUGCUCCUCUCCCCAAGAGGCCAUCGACCGGCGAACCGGUUACUCUCCGCGCAGAAUACCCCUGGGAAUCGACUCGAAACUCAUCAACGCCGCACGUGUUGAUAUCGAAAGAGCUAACAGAGCAUAGUGUGUCCUCAACGUCGAAGAGGAUAUGUCGAGGAAGGGAGAACCAAGAGCUAUAUAUACAUAGGAGCGGGAGGGUAGGAAAAGCAAGCAAGCAAGCCGCGCAAUGCUAUGAGGGGCAAAGAGCUAGAAUGCUGGGGGGUUGUUGUACAAGAUCCAUCACACUCCGGACGAUCUUGUCCCGUCGUCGACUAACCCGCUGCUGCUGUCCGACAUGACGACGGUCUCCAGCUAGUAGUGUUGUAUAUCCCUCACACUCGGUCAAAGACAACUCGUCCGGUAACCGAGGAGACCGGACCAGGAAGAAAGAGAUGGAGUGAGAUGAUGGGUAAAUGCAUGAUGGAAGGUACAGAAAGAGACGAGGUGCUCACCGACUCACCACAAUAUAGUCCUGUACGUUUGAUUCGCACCCCCCCGGAACCAUGUUGCUCUUCUCUAGUUCUUUCCUCUAAUUUGUCGAGCUUGCUAGUGAUUGGACCCGAGUCCAAGCUUGCGUAGGCUUUUAGCUCGUAACCCCCUACCCCUCCUCUCAUUCCUGCUUCUCCAUUGUUUGUCCGGGCGCGCGUAUAUUGACUUGAGCUUUUGCUUAGGUUUCCUCGUCUUUUCCUUGUCGUCCGUCUCUAGUCCGCGCGGCAUCCUUGAU